GAUCAAAUCAUACCAUUGUCAGUGAUUUUUUUUGGAGUUCUCGCUUUGUAGGUGACAGAGAUCUGUGGGGAGUUUUGUUCUAUCUCGACUGCAAGAAUGGCUCUGGCAUCAUGCAGACGAUCUGUCACUGGUGUUCUUACAAGUGCUUGUAGGUCAGUUGAUGUUACACGCUCACUCAGCAGAAAUCUGUUUUUUCCUUCAAGAAUUGUGGAAAGACCUUUGACAACAACCUCGAGGAUGGCGGACACCAUUGCAGAUCCAACCCAGAGAAAACUGAUGCAGGAGCAGUGUCUACUUGUUGAUGAGAAUGACGAAAUCGUAGGACACGCGUCGAAGCUGGACUGCCAUCGUAGGGUGAAUAUCGAGGCCAAUGGUAUGCUCCAUCGUGCAUUUAGUGUAUUCCUAUUCAACAGCAAAGGCGAAUUACUCCUGCAGGAGAGGGCAGACUCCAAAGUAACUUUUCCAGGCUACGUAACCAAUACAUGCUGCAGUCAUCCGCUGUACGUUGAAGACGAAAUGAUAAAUGAGCCGUUGGCAUUGGGUGUGAAGAGAGCUGCUCAGAGACGUGUUAACUAUGAACUCGGAGUGCCUUUAGAUCAACUACCUCUGGAGUCAUUCAACUUCCUCGCUCGUGUCCACUACCGAGCAAUGUCCGGCGGAGACUGGGGAGAGCAUGAGAUGGACUAUGUACUCUUCAUGCAGAAGGAUGUAGACCUGGCGCCAAACGAUAAUGAGGUCAGGAAAGUCGAGUAUGUGUCGCUGGAUGAUUUCCCAAACUAUCUUGAAAAGUGCAAAGCAUCUGGCGUUCCUGUCACACCUUGGUUUGACUUGAUCGGCAAAAACCUGCUGACAACAUGGUGGAAAAGGCUCGACAGCAUCGGCUCUAUUGCCAAUUCGGAAGAAAUUCACCGUUAUGUGUAAUUUGCGGUGCUAGAUUUGCAGACAUUUUGAAACACUGCACCACUCCACACUGUGCUGCUUGCCCGCCUACACAACACCAUAGCGAGGAAAUGCAACAUGCAACAUCUAACCAAGGACGAAUUUCCUCGGUACGGUGUUGUAGAUUUGCAAAAUUAUGAAAACUAUACUUUCCACCGUGCGACAUUUCAUUAUUUUAUUCGCACCCUUCUUCAGUAUUUAUAUUUAUUUCUAGUGGUAACCUGGAUUCUCUUAUCCGAUUUAGACAUACCGGUAACUACGGUAUAAGCUCUCUUAGUUAGACUGCGUUAUUUUAUCAGUUGCCUUUUGCAUGGUCGAAUAACACAUGCAUGUAAAGACACACAUGGCGAAAUGGCUGGGAAUGUUCAAUAUGCACCUGGUGCUUUUUUUUAGGUAGUUUUACUUGCUUUUACCCGUGGUUACUUUGCUUGUAGCUUGUUUAUGUCAGAAAAAGUUGCCUGCUCCGGACUUCUUCAAUUCUUACCGCCAAAGUUGUUUUUAUUCGGGCUACCAGUGCUCCUGUGAAUUAAAAGUGCGUCAGAUUCUGUAAA